AUGCUCCGGGGCAUGUGGCUUGCAACAGCACAUGGUUGGCACCAGAGCAGCAAUGGCCUUUGUUUGCCCAUCAAGCAAAGCCUCAUAAGGAGGACCACACAGAGAUGGGCGAAGUUUCACUCCUCGAGACCUGCCAAGGUCCAUCACCAAGAUGCCGAUCUUGUAUACCCAGAGCCUUCCUCUACCAAACACAAGGAUUUGCCUAGCUUCCUCCAAUAUGCCAAAACCACAGGCCUGGAUCCAAACUCGACCACAUACAUCGGCACUCUUUACGAAUAUACGGUGGCCCUCAGCCUUGAAAAGUACGGCUUCUCCCUGCGGAGAGUUGGAGGCUCCUCAGACUACGGGAUCGACCUACUGGGACGCUGGUCCGUGCCAUCGUCUACUGAGCCGCUCAAGGUUCUUCUCCAGUGCAAGGCCCUGUCUGGGCGCAUUGGUCCUCACUUGAUACGAGAGCUGGAAGGUGCAUUUGUGGGCGCACCGAGCGGCUGGAGAGGGUCCGGAGUCGUUGGCUUCCUCGUGACCGAAAGGCCAGCAACGAAGGGGAUUCGCGACUCCAUGGGUAGGAGCCGCUGGCCCAUGGGUUUCUUGAUGUGUUCCAGAGAGGGCGAGAUCCAACAGUUCCUAUGGAAUAGGCGUGCAGAAGAGGAAGGUUUAACAGGAUUGGGCGUGGGAGUGCAAUAUUCACAUGACGGGGCGAAAAAUUCACGUCUGACACUGACAUGGCAAGGCCAACCAUUCGAUGUCCAGCCGGGCACCGGAGAUGGUGGCGGUGAAGGUGUGUAA